CUUGCAUUUCAGCACCCGUUUUUGAGUAAAAUUCGCCUGCGUUGAGGAAUCAUUCCCGUUGGCCUCCAUAACAGCCCGGCGGAGACAAGGCAAGCCCAAGACGAGCAUCACGCAAUCAAACCUGCAGGUCGCAGGGCAUCAUUACUUAGCUUUUGGGCUCAAUUGAACAGGCGAUUGCCUGAACUAUCCAUAGCUACCGUACCUUAUUUUCAACGGUCGGGGCAAGAAAAAAAAACCAAAAAAUAGAAAAGAAAAACCGUUUGGCGGCUGGCGCCACUAUAUCACGACAUACAAUAAUAAUCCUGGAUCUCGACCCUCGCUAGGUAGAGCUCGAGCCCAGCUGCUACCUGUGCUUGAUAUCCAUCUACUACUACUCCAGGAAUCGCGCAUCCACGUGCAAGCAGCCAAACAACAAACAGCCUGGUCCCUUCACAAAGCAAAAAACCCUGCCCUUCGCAGUCGAUCCACCAUGGGUCUAUUCGACGACGCCGCCUCGGCCAUCUCGGGGCCCCAGUCCUCUUCCCGGAAGCACCGGUCCUCAUCGCACAAGCAUCACAAGAGUAGCAGCCGCCGCGGCAAGUCCAGGUCGCGCUCCCGCUCCCCGGGCAUCGCCGCUAGUAUUUUUGGCGGCGGCGACUACCACAAGCGUAACUCGUCACGGUCAUCUUUCUUCGGGCUGGGAGGAGACAGCCACUAUCACAAGAACAACGCUAGCCGGGGCAGCUUUUUCAACCUAGGGAAUGCCAGCCGGGGCAGUAUCUUUGGAUUCGGAGGUGGCCGCUCUCCAUCAUACUACAAACGUUCCCCGCGCCAAAACUUUAUGCAGCGCGCCUACAAGAAGCUCAAGCGUCUACUCCGCGACCUCGUCCACUACGCCAAGCGCCACCCCUACAAGGUUUUCAUGCUCGCCGUGAUGCCCCUCAUCACCGGUGGGGCCCUGACCGCGCUGCUGGCCCGGUUCGGGUUGCGCAUGCCGCCGGCUCUCGAGAGCAUGCUAGGUCUCGGGGCCAAGGCCAUGGCUGGCGACAGUAUAGGCCUAGUUGGCGAGGCCGUGCGAAUGGCGAGUGGUGCCGGCGCCGGUGCGGCCAGCGUCAGCGUGGCAAGGGGCUGGGACGGUGAGCGAAGCUGGGAAAGGCGGACUGUAGACCGGGGUGGCGACGAUGACUUGUUGUACGGGGCGCUGGGGAGCUUGGGGAGCUCUUUUAAUGGAGGUAGCAACAGUGGUUGGAUGGGCAAUGUGGCAAAGAUGUUUUCCUAAGCGUUUUUUUCUGAUUUUUUUUUUCCUUUGCUGUAAUUUUCUUGUUUCGUGUGUGUUUGUUCCUUGUGCUGGGAUUUCUGGGCUAUGUCGGCGUUUCUGGGAUUGUUGCAGUCAAGCGCCAGAGUUAGCGGUAGACUUUUGG